UGCGAAAGCAACUCCCAAAGCUGAGCUACGGGCAGUCUGUAGCAGACACUCGUGGAGAGUAGUGAUAAUGGAGUGAAGAAAUGCAGCCAUGUUGUCGUUUAUUGCGUCUUCGUAGUGGUUAUGUGCAUUAUUUAUCAGUGUGUGUGAGCUAAGAAGAGUGGUGCUGUAGUACUUUAUCUUCUAUAGGGAUUUGUGUCACUAAAAUGAGUUGGGGAACGGAACUAUGGGAUCAGUAUGACAAUAUAUCUCUCCACACGCAGAAAGGAAUAGACUUUUUAGAAAAAUAUGGGCAUUUCAUCCGAGAUCGCUGUACAAUCGAGUUGGAGUACGCCGGGAAGCUGCGGAGGCUAGUGAAAAACUAUCAACCUAAGAAGAAAGAUGAAGAAGACUAUCAGUAUAGCCCUUGCCGGGCAUUCAAGCAUGUGAUGACAGAAGUUAAUGACCUCGCAGGACAGCAUGAAGUAAUUGCAGAAAACCUCCAAGCGAAUGUUAUAAGGGAACUUAAUAUCCUAGUAAAAGAUAUAAAGGAAGAACGGAAAAAGCAUCUACAGGAUGGUGCACGUAUGGUGCAGAAUUUAAAUACACAAAUUUUAAGCCUCGAUCGUGCAAAGAAGAAUUAUGAGAAGGCUUUCAAGGAAGCAGAGCGUGCAUUAGAAAAUUUUCAGCGUGCAGAUGCAGACUACAAUUUAUCCAGAGCAGAGGUUGAGAAGCAGCGAAUGAAUAUGGCAAUCAAAUCACAGCAGUGUGAAGAGACAAAGAACGAGUAUGCAAAUCAGCUUCAAAAAACUAAUGAAUUGCAGAAUCAACAUUACCAUAUCCUUAUGCCAGAUGUAUUCCGACAGUUGCAAGAGCUGGAUGAGAAACGCAUUAAGAACAUCAAAAGUUUCAUGAUACAGUCUGUAGACAUAGAAAAAAAUGUUUUUCCUAUCAUCAUCAAAUGUUUGGAUGGGAUUGUGAAUGCUGCAGAACAAAUCAAUGAGAAAGAAGACACACAACUUGUGAUAGAAAGGUAUAAAUCGGGGUUUCAACCCCCAGAAGACAUACCUUUUGAAGACCUGAGUGCAAUUAAAAGUGGUGAAAUGCCACCACCAAUAAACCCUGUACCUAUUACCACUCUUAGGCCUGAAGCUAUGACAGUCAAAGGAACUAUGUCAUCUGGGAAACUUAAGAAGAGAGUGGGAUUGUUUGGGAUCUUCAGUUCCACUAAGAUAUCCCGUGGUACAUCCUUUAAUCCUGUCUGUUUCAAGUUGUGUAUGAAAACUGAGGAUUACAGUGAUCUGCCACCAAAUCAAAGAAAAAAGAAACUACAGCAAAGGGUGGAAGAGAUAACAGCAAAAAUUCAGCAAGAAACAGCUGCAAGGGAUGGACUAAUGAAGAUGAAAGGUGUUUAUGAACAGAACCCAGCACUAGGUGAUCCUAUGUCGAUAGAAGGUCAACUGAAUGAAAGUGGUCACAAGCUGGAUAAGCUGCGUCAGGAACUUCAGAAAUACCAGAUGUAUCUGGAAGAAGCAAACAAGCCAGCAGUUAGCCCAUCUGCACCUAGCAGAAGAAGUAAAAGUCAUUACAAUGGAGCACACUUACAGCAGAAUCACAGAAAUAGUGGCGGCUCAGGGGGAGAAGAGGAUUCUCUGAGUCGGUCAGCAUCCGACUCAAGUGUUUCCAACCCUACUCUAAACCACAAACACUCAGCUCCUGGAACGCCACUGCCAUCCCAUGGCUCCUCAAACAGCCCUGAGUCUGGACUUGGGACCUCUCACACGAGUUUGCCUGACUCUGACAAUGAGCACGGAGAUAACGAUCCUGCCCCUGGAGAUUACUGUGAUGGAGACUUGCUGCCUGCUCUGGGAGUAUGUAGAGCUCUUUAUCCUUUUGAAGCUACGAGUGAAGGCUCAAUACCAAUGCAUGAUGGGGAGGAGCUCUUCAUCAUUGAACUUGAUCAGGGUGAUGGAUGGACCAGAGUGAGGCGACAAAAAGACGGUGAAGAGGGAUUUGUGCCCACAUCGUAUAUUGAGUGCAACUUGUAUAAAUAUAACAGCUGUUAGGGAGUGAUAUAGUCUGAAUAAUCCUAACACACUGACAAUUUGCACAGUAAUUGAGUGUGGAUGUUGUGAUUUUUUGAAGCGACUGGCUGCAGGGAUUGAAGAAAAAUAUUGCUCAUAUUCGAUUCUGAGUAUCAACUGCUGACAGAGAAGCUGUGACUUAUUUGUAUAUAUGAUCUUUUGUAUACUUAAUGGCUUUUCCUGUUUCGCAGGCUGAAGGCGUACUAUGUAACAUUUGUCUUGUUAUUCUCUGACUGCAUUGCAUUUGGCAAUAUGAAAUUGACUGUAAUUUGAAAAAUGUAAUUGUGCAUUGUUAAGAAGUUUGUGAAACUUUUGACUGUUAAUGAUAAGUUAGUUAACCGUCACCAUAAAUGUCGUCAUAAUGUAGUUACUCGUGCUCCAUGUAAUUUUUUUUUUUAAGAAUUACUGGUUAGCAAAUCUUUCUUUCAUUCUAAAAUAUUUAUACAAAAUAAUGUGCUUUGAAUACAGCAUAUAUUUCCAUAUUGUCAUUUACUGUCUCUGAUACUCAGGUGGGUAUAAUUAAUGCAGAGAUUGUAAAUAUAUUUUCCAUAUACAACAUGCAAAUUAAUACUUUAGGUGUAAAUAAAUGGCAACUGUGCUUGUCCUUUUUAUAUAUGACAGUUUUGUUAAUAUUUUCAUCUUAAUGACAUUGCAGUAUGCUGUUUAAACUACCAGCAGGCUGUGGCAUAAUAUUUAUUCCAGAAUUGUAAAAAUAUAAAUACACAAUUUCAAAUAAGUA